AAAGACAGGAAUUCCUAGCUCUUUACUCAAAUGGUUAGAAACAGAAAAGGAGUAUUAUGUACAAUAAAGCUGAUGUUGGGACUCUUUUCCAUCGGCGAGACAGGGAGGCUGACCUGACUUACACGGCCACAACCCCAUGCACCCGGGCCAGGAACCCGUAGAUACCACACCCCGAUGGCUCCAAAUUCCAUUACAUGUCGCAUACUUUUUCUCCUUUGAGGCAGCUACCGAGUUCCCCUCUGGGACUCCGGGACUCCAUUUACCUUAGUCGGUAAAGAUAAGAGAGCUUGCAGGACGAAGUGAGAGGGGGUUGGAUCCACCUACCCCAGAUUCGUGGGAUGAACCGAAGUCGUAUGCGAGAACUAGGGGACCUUAUCAUGAGGUUGUACAUCGGGAGUGCUUUCAUAGGUAGGGCAUCGUACAUUUAAGAGGCCUGGUUGUCCGCCUACGAGCGUCGUCAGUCCUUAGCCAUCACAACUGCAAGGAUCCCUACCCUUGAUCCAAAAUCCCUUCGUCAUCUGCUCCUAAGUCAUCAUGUCUGAGCUGAAGAUCGCAAAGAUCGACGUCUUCCAGGCCGAGCUGCCCUACUCUGGCGGUGUCUACCGGCUCUCUGGCGGGCGAGAGUACCGUAGCUUCGAUGGUACCUUUGUGCGCAUCACCACCAACACGGGCAUUGAGGGCUGGGGCGAGAGCACCCCCUUUGGCUCGACCUAUAUUGCUGCUCAUGCUCUCGGUGUGAGGGCUGGAAUUGCUGAGAUCGCCCCGUGGCUCAUCGGCCUCGACCCUCGGCGGUUGGACCGCAUCAACGAGGCUAUGGAUGCUGCUCUUGUUGGUCAUGAGCAUGCCAAGACUCCAAUCGAUAUUGCCUGUUGGGAUAUCUUUGAGAUGCGCAAGCAAGAGCAAGCACCUGCGCAUCCGAGUGAGUGA